UCUGGAGUUCUCUCUCUUCUCCUCGCCUUCUAUAUCUCUCAGGCCCAUCGAACGAGAAGAAAGAGAGUCCUUUCAUUUUUGCCCCUAUGACACAAACAGUAAUUCUGGAGUGCUCCAACGGGAAAAAGUUGAAAAAAACCCACAGCGAUUGCUCAUCUGCAAUUAUGGGGAAAACCCAGAAAUUCUCAAAAGGUUACUCUUCUGGCUUCAUUCCAGACUACAGACAUGCUGCUGAAACAGUUGGGGAGACAGAAGGCUUUGCUAACUCCUGUCGUGUAGACUCCGAGGUUUCAUGUACCCCAAAGAGAAAGUCCAUGAGCAUAAAUGUGGAUCAAAGAAACAGUUUCAAUGUCCCUGUUCAAGUUAUUUCUGCAUCAAACAUGUCUGAUACAGAGAAGAAGGACCUAUUGAUGAGGCUGAGAGGCGAACUCGAGAAGGUUCGGAUACUUCACAAGAAAAUACUUUCUAGAACCUCAGCAGUUUCUAGUGGUGUUGCCUUAUCGUCGUCCGGUGAUGGGUAUGCCAAGAAACAGGGUUUGAGUCGGGGAAUGUCAGGUAGGGUUGAGAUUAAAAGACAGGCUCCGUCCCUUCCUGGCAACUUUGUCUCUAUGUUAAUGAAACAGUGUGAGACCCUCCUUAAAAAUUUGAUGACCCACAGGUACGGUUGGGUCUUCAACACUCCUGUUGAUGUUGUGAAGCUGAAAAUUCCUGACUAUUUCAACAUUAUAAAGCAUCCAAUGGAUCUUGGAAGUGUUAAGAAGAAGUUAACAUCUGGUUCCUAUUCUAGCCUCUGGGCUUUUGCUUCAGAUGUGAGGCUUACUUUCACCAAUGCCAUGACCUAUAACCCCCCUGGGAAUGAUGUACACAUUAUGGCGGAUGCCCUGAAAAAUAUAUUUGAAAAGAAAUGGAGGCCUAUAGGAGAAAAACUGGCCUCAGUUGAAGAAAUUAUUAAAAGAGAUAAACAAGCUACGAAGUCAGAAUCACAAUCCCUGCCAAAAAAGAGAAAACCUCCUCCACUAGAUUUUGAAGCUCCCAUAUCAAAAAAUUUAAAGCCAAUGAUGCCAUUUAGUGAGAAGCAGGAACUUAAAAACCGGUUAGAAUCUGCAGAAGAGGAUCUGCCCGAGCAUAUCGUUAACUUCUUAAAGCAGCAAACUUACAAUGCAAAGACCACUGAGGAUGACGAGAUAGAGAUAGAUAUCGAGAGUCUCAGUGAUGAUACCCUAUUUAAGUUGAGGAAGCUUGUGGACGAAUAUUUUGGUGCAAAACAAACAGUACCACAGGAGAAAGCAGAACCUUGCGAAAUGGAGAUUUUGGCUGAACCUGGAGUCAGUAAUUCAUCAAUACAUCCCUACCAAGUUAGUGAGCCUGCUGAUGAGGAUGUUGAUAUUGGUGGGGAUGAUCUUCCAAUUUCGAGCUAUCCUCCUGUGGAGAUACAAAAAGAUACUGCACCGAGAAGUAGCAAGUGUAGCACCUCAAGCAGUUCCUGCAGUGACUCUGGUUCCUCAUCCAGUGAUUCAGAUUCUGGGAGUUCUUCUCGAGGAAGUGAAUCCGAUGCUAAAGCUGCCUCUCCAAAUUCAAUUAAGGAACAUGAACAACCUGGGGUAGCUGUGGGCACCGAAAAAUGCGAUACUGCAGUCUCAUUUGAUGCAAACAGAACGAUUAGUGGGAUGGAUCAGCAAGACCAUAGUGCUCAUCUAGAGCCUACAUCUGUCGAGGCAGAUGACUAUCGAGAGGGGGAGAAUGCAACAUCCAAGAGGCAAGUCUCCCCAGAUAAGCUUUAUCGAGCGGCUCUACUGAGGAAUCGUUUUGCUGAUACAAUUCUGAAAGCUCGCGAGAAAACCCUCAAUCAGGGUUUAAAGAAGGAUCCUGAAAAGUUGCGCCGUGAGAGAGAGGAACUUGAGCGACAACAAAGGGAGGAGAAAGCUCGGCUGCAAGCAGAAGCCAAAGCUGCUGAGGAGGCUCGAAGACAAGCUGAAGCAGAAGCAGCAGCUGAAGCUAAGAGGAAGAGGGAACUUGAGAGAGAAGCAGCACGUCAGGCUCUGCUCCAGAUCGAAAGAACAGUGGAGAUUAAUGAGAACAGCUUAUUUAUGAAAGAUCUAGAAGUACUUGGAACUGGCCCUGCUGAAAAUAUAUCGAGCACAGUUCAUGAGAUGAGUCCAGAUCCCUUGCAGGGUUUGGGUUGUUUUAACGUUGGGGGAAGUAACCCUCUGGAACAGCUCGGAUUGUUCAGGAAAGAUGAUGAUGAUGAAGAGGAAGAGGAAUGUGGACCGACUAGUCCUCCACAAGAUGAUAUCGAGGAGGGAGAAAUUGAUUGAGAAUGGCUUUAGCUGCUGCCAAGUUGACGAAAGAGGAAAAUCGGGAAGUUCCAAGCUCGUUUUGGUUCGAUGGUAUGCUGGGGUUUUAAACCAUGCACAUCUUUUUGAGAACGGAUUGAUAUCUCCAAGCCCAGCGGUUUAUGUUAACAGGAUCGAGGGUUUUUAUGAAUACCCAACUGAAUGAUUCAUUUUGGCGUUUAAAGUGCACUCACGGACUUGGGGAUAGUUGCCUUAAUUAUGGACUAAGUUUUUUUAGUCCUAUUUUGAGGGAGAUCUGAACUGUGUGAAUGUUGGGAGUAAAAAGAAAGAGGCUUUCAGCUGUACUGACUGCAGGGUGGGGACUGAUGGAGGAAACUAUACUUUCUAUGCUUUUUAUUGCCUCGCAAAGAUUCACAUUCAUUAUAUGGGCUGAGUGUGGAGGCAUCAGAGUUAUUUUAUCUUUCUGUUGAAAGGCUUUCUGUAGAUUGUUGUUGAUAUGUAAGAUUCAUUGACCUAUGCUCCUCCGUUGCAUCACGCACUGUGCGCACACUUCGGAUCAAAUUAAAACUGAAGGGUAAAGAAGAAAAAGGAGAAAGAGUGAAAGGGGUGAAAAAAAAGAGGGUGAAAUGCAAUUAUUAUUUAUUGCAGUAGGCUAGAACCUUUGCCUAAUUGUUCAUUCUUGUCAGGCUCUAGGCGGAGAAGUGGGUACCAAAAACUCAAGACCUGGUUGUGUCCUAGGCUAUCAAAAUUUGCAAUUGUGAGCCGAACGUUUCGAUAAA